GUCAGAAAAUAUAAAGAGCUUAUCCCAAGAAGACAAUUGCUUUGCAGUCAGAGGAUUUUCACCAAACUGAAGGUUUAUUCACUCUAAGAAGAAAUGUAUCUUUUUGUUUAUCUCUCAUUAUUCAUUGCUCUGACACUUGCAUCGGUCACUGAUAUUUCCCUAAAUAAAAAGCAAGGGAACAAACAACAACACCAUCAUGACAAUCCUAAACAUUGCCACCAAAAAGAUAAACAAGACCAAACUUGGAAAGCCGAAGGGAAGCUGACAAAAGACAAGGAGGUUCUGUCAGAGGAAAAUUAUGAUUUUACUUUUAACCUUUUCAAUGAACUUUCUGCUGAGUGUAAACGAUCUCCUAAACAAAACAUAUUUUUUUCACCUAUAAGCAUUUCAGCAGCUUUUUAUAUGUUAGCCUUGGGGGCCAAAUCCAAAACUCACCAACAAAUUCUACAAGGUUUGGGCUUUAACAAAAAGAAACUUAAUGAAAGUCAAGUGCACGAAGCAUUUAAGGGUCUUAUUGAGGACUUAAAUAAUCCAAUGAAGGAUCAUCAAUUCACCAUUGGAAAUGCUCUUUUUGUAGAGCAGACCGUGAAUAUUCUCAGAGGUUUUGAAGAAAAUGUGAAACAUUACUACCAAGCAGCAAUCUUCCCUAUAAAUUUCAGGGACCCAGAUAAUGCAAAGAAACAGCUCAAUAACUAUGUGAAAGAUAAAACACAUGGAGCAAUACAAGAAAUGGUCCGAGAUCUUGAUGCAAACACUGAGAUGGUUUUGGUAAACUAUGUCCUCUUUAAAGGAGAAUGGGCUGAUACCUUCAAUCCAAGUCUUACUCAGAAGAGUAUUUUCUCAGUGGAUAAAAAUACCAAAGUUACAGUUCAAAUGAUGAAGCGCUUUGGUCUUUAUAAAACCUACCGAGAUGAAGAUUAUAAUUGUAAAAUUAUAGAACUGCCAUACAAGAAUGAUUCAGCAAUGCUACUUAUCGUUCCUGAACUAGGAACAAUCCAGGAGCUGGUACUGACACCCAAAUUAGUAACCCACUGGUAUGAGUCAUUAACAAAUAGCUUUGUGGAUCUUUAUAUGCCAACAUUUUCUAUCAGUGGAAAAAUUGUUCUGAAAGAUACUCUCCACAAGAUGGGAAUAUCAGAUAUAUUCACAGAUAAAGCAGAUUUAACUGGGAUUUCUCAACAAACCAAACUGAAGGUCUCCAUGGCUUCUCACAAUGCUGUACUGAAUGUUAAUGAAUUUGGAACAGAAGCAGUCGGUGUGACAUCGGCCCAAGCUAUCCCUACUACAUCAUUUCCACCAUUCCAAAUAGAUAGUCCUUUCCUAGUGUUGAUUUAUAGCAGGACUUUGGGCAGUCAACUUUUUAUGGGCAAAAUUAUGGACCCAACUAAUGCAAAGUGAUACAAAAUUGAGAUUUGAAUGUCACACCCAUAAAUCUACACAUAAUCCUGUAUUGUGUUAAAUGUUUUUGAAACAUCUAAUCUUGAAGGAUCUGAACCAUUUCAUUAUUAAAGCAGACUUAACCAUG